AUGAAACCUGACGGGUCUCUGGAUGCUCCCUUCACUCUGGAUGACGACCCGCCUAGUUAUGUUCCUGCGCCUACAGUGCGACGGCGCCAUCGCCAAACGCUUGACCAAGAUGGGCUUGAGGAGAUCUCCGACGCGCAGCAAGCUGCAGCUGCAUGGAAGGAAGUCGCCGCACGGAGACAAACGAAACAAAGACACGGGAAAAACAUGAGCAAUGAUACGUCUGGAGGAGAUAGUAGUACGAAGGACAGCAAUCUCACAAACAAACCGCGAGACCGGACGUCGUCAUCCACGAAGUCUGUUGAGAUUGUUGAUCUUUCCAUCGAUGAAGACGAACCGCCAGUAUCCGGACAAGCAACACAAUCAGGCGCAAGUACUAGAGUGAAUCAGCGCCCAAUUCAGGGACCACAGGGAUUCGUUCCUUUGCCUAGUACGCGUCACGAAGCUGUGCUUCCUGAGCGAGCUAAGCCUGCUGAGUCUCCUAAGAGAACGAGUCGGAUAUUCUCUCUCCCCAUGGAAUCUCUAGCAACUCCGACGUAUAACUCACAUCAUGCACCUCUAUCAUCGGUCGCACGAACAGCGGGGCCAUUUUCGGGACCUUCAGAGCCAUCGACAACGCCGACUCAUCACUCACGCUUUGUGCCCAGCUCAUCAGUGGUGCAAGCUACAGAACCAAGUGCGGAGCUUUCAAGGGGACCUUCAGCAAACCCAGUCUAUCAACCACGCUUCCUGCCUCGACCAUCGGUCACACAAGGAGCGGGACCAAGUGCGGGAGUCUCCAAGGUCACGCCGCUGAACCGCUCGCCGUCAGCCGCACCAACACCAAGUACAGAGCCGAGCGUUACCACUCAAGCGAUCCUGGGACAUGAGAAUCUUUCCCCUCAGCCUACGUACCGUGCGACGUCGGCCCUCGGACCCUCAACCGACCGCACCGCACCCGACUUGGACCAUGCCGUGGAUCCAUCGGCUCAGCCAACCAGUAAUGUCUCCGAGACUCCACCUGAACAAGCCUCUUCAAGUCGCGGAGAUACAAUUCCGGAGUCGGACGACGCAACACCGGAUGAUGAUAGCGGCAGCAUGACUAUCCCUUUGCCUAACAAGUCGCCCGAGUCAAGCCUUUCAGCAAUACAAAGACUGCCGCAGAAACAGAAAGCCAUCAAGUCAGUAAGACGAAGAGAUGAUGGGUUCUCGGGUUCACAGCUGCCUGUCAGACCACCGCGUCAGUCUGCGACUGAUCAUCGGGAUGUAACAAACUUAUCCUUCAAGCCUCUCGACCUGGGCUCGAGUAAGUCGAGGUCCGGGUCGCUUGUGGUAACACGUCGUAGCCAAAGCAAAACUCCAACGAUAGAUACUAGUAUCAUUGCUGAUAGCGCGCCUGCGCAGGCGGAGGAAGAAUCCGUCAGGGAUGCCAGUCCUGUGGAACGAAGCACAACGCCGACACAAUCGCCGCCACCGCCACCUCACGAUGAGGCAGGCGAACCUGCACCGGGGCGUGCCAUUAGCUCGACACCUCUACUGUCCCGUUCUGCCACCCCUACUGCCCUGCGUCCUGUCGAAGCAUCAGCAGAGCCGACCCGGCCCUCUGAAGCGCCAUUACCAGUCCCCGAAAUUAUGAUCCCAGAUGUACCAGCUCCGGCAACAGUCGUCAGUACUCAUCCAACCAUCCAACCCGAACACCUUCGGGUGCCUGUCGAGAACGAUGGUGGUAGAACAAGCAACAAGCCCCCACUGCAAGCAGAUGUGCUCGUCACUACACGCUCAGCUGUAGAAGCGUGUUUGAAACGUCAUGUGGCGGAACGACAUGGAUUACAUGCAUACCUGAUGGAGACGAAGAUGCGAAAUCAGAGAACAUUUCAAGAACAAGACCUACGCGCCCGGUCCCGUAAGCAGAAGCGUCCACAACAGCCAAUCCUACCCGAAAAGUACAUUCAGAAGACUUCCCCCUUUGAGAACAUGCGUGCUAUACAAGUGCCGUUCGACAGAGCCAACGCCAAGCGCCUCGUGGAUAUGAGUCAGGAAACAUUCAUCAAGGCCAAACCCAAGGACACAGUGGUCAAGUCAGGCUUAGCCGUGCCCACUACAAAGUACAAGAGUGAUGCGCCGAAAAUUCCUCCUUUCAAAGAGUAUGUCAGUCUGAGGAACAACGUUCUUAAAGACAAUGAGUCAAAAUUACUCGCAACACCCUAUUUCCAGGACGAAGACUAUCGUGGUCGCGAGGUUCUGCUGGAUACGCUUCCUUAUAUGUACGAGAUGACGCAUGACGAGAAGGGGCCGCUAGACUUCCGCAAGGAACAGUGCCGGUUCUACGAUAAGGCCAUCGAAGCAUUUCUGUCUGAGAUAGGCAUCACAUGGAACGAUAUCCUGUUUUGGUUACUGGCCCCGGAUCAAGACAUUAUACGAAUCAACGACUCUUUGAAUGGAAGCAAGCAGUUCGAAACACAGCUCCUCGAAAGAUCGCGAUAUCACAUUGAGGAGUUUGAGAGAGACGGUGAACCGAAGAAGGCUGUUCUGUUUGACCGGAACAACAAAAAGUGGGAAGAGUUUGUCGCACAGCUUGAAGAGCCGAUUCCGAGUGCUCUGAGACUUGCGGCAACAGCUUCUGCAGCGGUAUUCAAAGAAUGUGAAUUCAGCAUCUGGUACUUAGCUCAACAGUCCAAAGCUGUACAGAGUCUCAUACAGAAGAAGUCUGCACAUCAACAGUCUUCCAAGCACUCAACGUACAAAAAGAUCAUGUGCAGAGUGUGCCAUCAACACGAUUGCCUUCUUCAUGGCGAGAUCAGACAAGUACCUGAGGAUUCCUGGAAGACGGACUCGGAAGACGAAGAACGAGCUACACAGGCGACUGAUGAUACCAGUCGUCGAGGCUCCAACAACAAAACUUCGCGCCGGGUGUCGAACUUUAGCAGAGACGACACCGACGAUGAGAACGAACCGGGCGAUCCCUUGCCCGCACACUUCGACUCCGACUCCGACAUUGAGAAGAGGGGUGUUCCUCGGAAAACAUUGCUCGGUCAUUCGGAAGUGCAUGGCUUUGGACUCUAUAUGGGCGAGGACAUCAAGAGUGGCGAGUAUAUUGGUGAAUAUACUGGCGAGGCCAUCUCGGUUAAGGAAGGCGACCGCCGAGUGACGAUAUACGACUACCAGAAGACGAUGUAUCUGUUCCGUCUAAACUCGAAGCAGGAAGUUGAUGCGACAUACAUGGGUAACAAACUACGCUUCAUCAACAAUGCCGACGACAAGUACACGAACUGCGGCCCCAAGAACUUGCUGUGCAACACAGUCUUUCGCAUCGCGCUCUUCGCCACCAGAGACAUCAAGGCAGGCACCGAACUGUUCUUCAACUACAACUAUCCCAAGGAGAAAACAGAGCAAUUCAAACAGCCGAAUGCCAAGAUCGUCGCGGUCAAACAGACCAAGCAAAAGACGAAGAAAAGGGAGUCACUCACCAGUCUGAGCCAGCCCAUCGAGGACCGCUCACGUAUCCUUGCCGCCACAGCAAAAGCCAGAGAGGCAAAAGCAGCGAAGCGGAAAGAGGCCAUGCUGCAAGAAGGCGGCGUGGAGCCAGCCACAAGAAGGCGCUCUGGAACACUUCAAGCACGAAAGGCAGCUACGAGCAAACCCGGACGCAAGGCAGUGCGAAAGUCCAAGCGCGGAGGGCUCAAUAGGAACGAGUCCACAGGUUCAGAUACGGGUAUGGAUGUAGAGGCAAGCGACCCCGAAAUCCCCGAAAUCCCCCCUGUCAUUGAGUCGCAGAGCACUCAGACUAGUCUGUACGUCCAGGACACGGAGGCGGAAGACGACGAGUUCAUCUUGCCGGAUACCCAAGAAGACGAAGAGCAAGAUGUGGCUGAGCCGGCCUCUGAGGAUGAUGAACCGCCCGGUCGAUCUACGAGGUCUCGUCGUGGGCCGGGUCGACCGCGUAGGAGGGCGUCGGAUGUGGCGCCGGUGGUUGCGGUCAAGCAGGCGGUUAAGCAGGCGGUCAAGCAGAAGAAGUCGAAGAUGGGUGGUGCACGACCAGGUGCUGGCAGGAAGAGGAAACGGCCCGUUAUUGCUAACAGCGAUGAUGAGUGA